GCAGACCAAGGCAGGUUCUCCCAGACCAGCCUCUGCCACCGUGCAAGACAGAUACUUCGCUCUCCUUCGAGUCCCUGCGCUAUUAUGUCCCAGUCGCUCGCCAACAUGAUCGUUGACAACAACACUCAUUUCUUUGAAGGCGUGGAGAAAUUACUGGAAGUGUGGUUCACGCGGAAGGAUGGAAUGACUUCGAAUUGUGAUCUGAGGAAAGUGCCAAGGUCCCGUCUGGAGGAGGUCAUGCAGACGGUGAAGUGCGAGAUCAUCUCCAUGACUUCGACGGAUGAGCUGGAUGCCUACGUGCUGAGUGAAUCAAGCAUGUUCAUCUCAGCUCGUAGAUUUAUCCUGAAAACCUGUGGAACAACGACACCCUUGUGCUGUCUGCCGCUCCUCAUGUCGUUGGUGAAGGAGUUUGCGGGAUAUGACUCAGUCCAGGACCUCUACUAUACCCGUAAGAAUUUCAAGAGGCCAGAACUUCAGGUGUCUCCUCAUCGUACAUUUGAGGAGGAGGUGUCCAUCCUGGAUCAGAUGUACCCAGGGGGUCGAGCUUACUGCAUGGGUAGUGUCAACCGCCCUGACUGCUGGUACUUGUACACUGUGUCACCAGGACGUUCUCGCUAUCAUCCCAAUGCUGCUCGUCAGAAUCUUCCUCAUAAUAGGCUGGGGAAAGCACACCGUGAACCGGAUCAGACACUAGAGGUGCUGAUGAUGAACUUGGACCCAGAAAAAAUGAAAUGGUUUUAUAAAGAAGUUUGUCCUACAGCAGCUGAGGCCACAAAGAAAUCGGGCAUUGAUCGUCUCAUCCCAGAUGUUAUGAUUGAUGACUUUCAAUUUGAUCCAUGUGGAUAUUCCAUGAAUGGACUGAUGCGCAGUGUGCCGGGUGGAUACAUGACUAUCCACAUUACACCAGAGCCUGAGUUCUCAUAUGUGUCCUUUGAGACUAACAUCCCACAGAAAUCAUACAAGGAUCUCAUUUCUCGUGUUGUGUCUACAUUUGGACCCCAGCAAUUUGUCCUCACAUUUUUCAAGAGUCUUGAGAACGGUGCAAGCAUUGGUGUUGAGGAGGAUAACUACAGUGUCCCACAAUACUCAGACUAUGAUGUUGAUGAUGUGCAGAUCUGUCGUCUCCAGGGAUAUGACCUGACUUAUGCUCUCUACAACAGGUUCCCAAGUUAGGGAAUCGUCCCCCAAGUAGAGCAGCUUGGGAUCCCCUUGACAGUGGUCAAUAUUGUAAGCCACGGUACUGCUCACCUGGCUAAGGAAGAUGGACUAAUGGUAAAUGUGGGAACUAGGAAUUUUACUGGUUUCAUUGGUCAUGCGAAAGUGGAAAAGACACAUGGUGUAUUCAAGUUUAUCAGAUUGUCAAGGGGAUGCCAACUGCUCCGAUUCUUAUUUUGCAUUCUAAUUAUUGGGACUGUUUUCCCUACAGUAGAUAGAAUAGCAGUAGGAAAAGGAUUGGUUCGAUAUUCCAAGAACAAUCUUAUUAAUGCAUGUACCCAAUUUGGGCAGUUAUCUUUAACAAACUUCUGCAUUCUCUCCAUCGUGAAUCCGAGUCUCUUGUUUUUAAAUUUAGACAUUAACUUCUACUCCUGUCACAUUCUUGUGUUGAGAUCAUUUCGUCACUUAGGAGAGGACUUUCUCUGGUGGCGAGAUGCGUAUUCCUGAGAUGGCUAUAACGCAGAAAUGAAUGUGACCAGAGGAUAAACUGCUUCUGUGGCAGACAAAGCCACCCUCAGCUCCUUGAGGUGAUUGUUACACCAUGCUAGACUGGACGUAGCAGAUGUAACUGAAAGAUCCCCCAGUUGUUGAAGGGUGAGAGGCAAGAAGAGUCGAGACCCUUGGCACAGCAAGGUCAGUCAUGAUAUAAAAAUGACGCAGGUUGACCAAGGGCUUUGCAGAAGGAAAUGAAAAUAUGGCUGGUGGAAAUUGGGUGUUUGGUGAUCAGAUUGUUGUUAAUGCUUGUCAGUAGAGUGGUUACAAAGUCAGCUUUCAUAGGUCUGAUGUUAGCUGUAUAAUUAUUGACAAGCGGAACUGGUCACAAAUAAUUUUUAUAUGUGUUUUUCUUUUUUAAUUGUGAAUUACGAAAUUUGAUGUAAAUGCUUAAGAGAUUAAGGGAAGGAUUUUUCUUUACUUCACUUCAUUUUAUACUAAACUACUAAUACUGCUCCAAGAAGAAAAUAACUAAAGUAAAUAAAAAAAAAAAAAAAAAUACAAAACAGUUCUCAUCAACUAUACAGAUUUUUUUCUUCUAACUAAGACGAACUCCUCCUCCUCCUCAAAUCAUCAUCUAUUUAGCUUUCAGAGCAAAGGGACAGAGCGCAGAAUACAAGAGAGGAGCAAAUAGGUACGAGGAAUGGGGUCUAGUCUUGGACAGUAUAGAGUCUAGUUCUGAAAUUUUCAUAAGUAGUUAUCUUGUGAGCCAGAUUGGAAGUUUUGUUUUAUGUAUGCACGUUCACAAAAGCAGUGAGUAGGAGAUGGAAACCAACAAAAGAUGAGCAUUACAACAGCUCAUAGAAUGCAGAGUCAAGAUAUUGCUUGCACACAACAGAAAUUCCAGUCUGGGUGCUGGGGACACCUUAACACUGGCUUCUUCCAAAAAAGUGACAAUCGGGUUUUACUGUUACUUUGCAUGAAGAGCUCAGCAAACUACCAUUACCAGCCUACAGAAGAUAUGUCAUAAGAGCACUUUAAUGAAAUGCUUUAAAAAAACACACACAAAAAAAAAAAAA